UCCAUUUCCCUCUUCAUCUAAAGAGUCAAAAAGUUGAAAAAAAGCAAACAAAACACACCAAAAAAAGAGAGAAAAAGGGUAAGAAAUUUAAAGGAAGAUUUGUUUACUAAGAGUGAAAGGGAAAACAAUAGUUUUUGUUCAUAUUUUUUCUCAAUUUGAAGUUGUUGAGAGUAAUGGCUGGGUACAGAGCUGAAGAUGACUAUGAUUACCUAUUCAAGGUGGUACUAAUUGGUGAUUCAGGUGUUGGCAAAUCCAAUUUGCUUUCAAGAUUCACUAGAAAUGAGUUUAGUCUUGAGUCUAAAUCUACAAUUGGUGUUGAGUUUGCUACUAAAAGCUUAACUGUUGAUAGUAAAGUCAUCAAGGCUCAAAUUUGGGACACUGCUGGUCAAGAAAGGUACCGUGCCAUCACCAGUGCUUACUACAGAGGUGCUGUGGGUGCUCUGCUUGUGUAUGAUGUCACUCGACAUUCUACAUUUGAAAAUGUUGAGAGGUGGCUUAAGGAGUUGAGAGAUCAUACAGAUCCAAACAUCGUUGUCAUGCUUGUUGGAAACAAAUCUGAUCUGCGGCAUCUGGUUGCAGUGUCAACUGAGGACGGGAAGUCUUUCGCGGAGAAGGAAUCCCUCUACUACAUGGAAACUUCUGCCCUCGAAUCUACAAAUGUUGAGAAUGCAUUUGCUGAAGUUCUCACUCAAAUCUACCACGUCGUGAGUAGAAAAGCCAUGGAAAAUGGUGAGAAUGGAAACGGAAACGUGCCUUCCAAAGGAGAAAAGAUUGAUAUAGGUAAAGAAGUAUCUGAUGUCAAGAAAGCUGGUUGCUGUUCAUCCUAAGGGCUAUAAUCUGUGCUGCUGUAUCCUGUUCUAGGUGCACCGGUAGUGUAAAAUUGUCCAGACUACCUUUGACACGAUCCUAUUUGAUACUACUACCUUUUAAAUUGGUUUUUGUUUUGGUUGGUAGUAAAGAAUAUCAAUGUUAGAGAACCUUUUUCUAAUGGAACCAAACCCUUUGUGUAGACCUGUUAUGGCUUAACUAUUGAAUCAUUCUUU